UCUCAUUGUAAUAUUAUUUUGCUCACGUAAGACCAUUGAAGCAACAUAGCUCUUAAAAGCCAAGUGGACAAAGCAAUGGAAUAAUUUUUUGCUUUGAUGGUGUCCUGACCAAAAGGUACAAAGCGGAGGUUUGCAAAAAGCCCAUGACAAUUCUGACGAGAACUUCCGUUAAGAUAACAAGUACAGGCGACGCACAAGAGAGUCGCACUAUACGAAGAAAGAGCGGCCGCAAAAACACCGUAUUACUAUGGCAGAUGAUGUUCAAGUAACAAACCAAACUCAGGAAUCCAUGAGAGUGUUAAGCACAUCGCGUAAGUGUUCCCUAGUCCUAUUGAUCUUCGCUCUCCUCUGUUUUGGAGCUGGUGUGUUUAACUUUGGAAUUGUGAUUGUACUAAUGGCUCAGGCAAGUUGUAGUGACUGCAAGCAGAGUUCAGUGAGUAAAAGUGACCCAAACACAUUAAUACAGAUUUUGUCGACUGUUGGUCUUUCAUUGUUUGUUCUCGGUUUUGGCUUGCUGGGAGGAUAUUUUAGAAGAUCAAAAAAGUGCUGCGCCCGUCAAGUUGCAGAGUCAGUCGUUAUUUCUACGAUCCCAGCAGAAGAUUUGGAAAAAUCGCCUGCUCCUGAUCUUCAACAUAAUGACAUUUCUUCGAGUCAUCUGUUUUUUAGUACAACCUCAGAUUUGCCUGAUUACUUUACUGCUGUUGCGAACGCUGACAAUCUUUAUUCAACUGUGGACGCCGGAGUCUGGACGGAAGAUGUCCCCAAUCUUCCACCACCGAGUUAUGAAAGAGCUCUCGAAAUGGCUGCUUUAGCUUUUACGACAAACGAGGCACAUACAAACAAUUUUAAGGAAGAAGAUAGUGUCAGUAGGAUUACAGUGGUGUAACAGCUGUAGGUUUUUUCGUUUUCCCGCGUGUUCAUUCAUGCUAAGACAUUUUAACAAUCCUUGUAAAAUUGGCAAAUUUAAGUAACAUUUUGAUCAUUUAUUUCGCUGUCCCUUUUCUCGUUCGUGCAAUUUGCGUGUUGGAUAUUCCGCAAGUUAAGUGGUAUACGAAAAUAAUUUAACCAAACUAAAAAAUAAACGUGAUCAGACUUCCGGUUGUACGCAUGAAGGGUUUUUUUGUAAAUAAAAAUA